AUGCCAAGCCAAUAUUCAACCGCGCCUCCGCAGAAACAGCUGGCGCCCAAGAACGCAGGCGGAUCCGAUCAAAGCACCAAGUUCAUCAUCGGCUUCUGCGUCGCCAUCCCCUGCACGCUCAUGAUAGUCGGCCUGCACUUGUUCGUUCGACGGCGCCGCAACAAGAAGCUCGGCAAGACGGGAAACAAGGACGGGCCCAAAGCCACACCCACCAACAGCGCCUGGGGUAAGAAGAAAAGCAAGGGGAGCAUAUCUGGGAGAUUCUCCGAGGGACCGAAGCCCGCAGAGCCGCCGCCGGCGUAUAAACGGGAGAAGGAGUUGCUGCCGACUUGGUUGUGA